GUACACCCUCGAUUUAACGAAGUUAAUCAGUUUUGCCGCCUUUCCGCUACUGUUGAUUCGUGUAUAUCUUCCCGAGUCUUCAAGAGUUAGUCAUUCUGUAAAGGAUUGUCGCAGGCAUGACAUAUAUCGCACCGCACACAUACACAGGUGGAUUUUGGAUGUGUAUUCUAUCCCAGGGGAACGUUCUUCCACAUUUUAUACAAACUUUGGAUAAAUAUCUAUAAAACAGCUGAGGGGUUCUGACUCCAAAUCUUUGUAGGCUUUUGAACUGUUGGAACCACUGAAAUGGACAGGAUAUUUUCGGGAUUUUAUCGUUUAACGUUCUGUGCGGCUGUUCUUGGAUUGGUAGGCUUCUCAUCUGCGAUAACUCGGUAUGACUGUGACUUUGGCCAAACGACUGGGAUUUGCGACUACACGCAGGAUACAGACGAUGACUUCAACUGGACAGGUCAGAGGUCAUAUUCAAAUACGAGACACCAAAACAUGGCGCCAUCAGAUACCUUCGUCUGCGCGUGCAAGGAAGGUAACCGGCCAGCGUCCGGUUCUGUUGCUCGGUUCCGAUCGGGUAUCUUCCCUGCCGCGGGCAAUUCCAUGGUAACCGUCUCCUUCUGGUAUAACAUCUACCGCCGGGAUGGCGGUGGGUUGCAGGUGUUUAUCAUGAAUCACGGCUCGACCAACGACAAGAGGAUGCUGAUGAGGAAGGGAAGCGAGGCAAGAGGAUGGAGGAGGGCUGAUUUCAAUGAAUCCGUCUCGGAACCGUUUCAGCUCAUAUUCGAAGCGACGGUAGGAGAGACUCAAAACAGCGGCGUUGCCCUUAGCAACCUGUCCUUUACGGUUUAUAGUCCUCGGAAAUUUACAGGGAGAAGUGAGCACGGUGGGAUAGUUGACGGAACUUCGACAUUGCCCGUAGAGGGAGCUGGUAAUAUUUCACAAGGAAUUUCUGAGGAUGCAGUACAUGGCCGGCCGUCUCUUGCAUUCCUGAUUGCCGUAGUCGCGAGUAGUGCCGUGGUCGUCAUCCUCAUUCUCUUCGUGGUCGUUGUGGUGUGCCUCGUUAGAAAGAUUAGGAUUUUGAGCUCCACCGCUCACCCUUACGAAGAGAUCUCAUCUAAUAAAUCAGAACGAGGCACCAUGGAGAUUGCCCCUCAGAAGGACGUCUUCAUCAACGAGAACGGCUCCACCUUACCACGCUGGAAGCACUUGUCAUACCUCUCCGCACACGACAGCAACCGCUCCAGCAUCUACGCCGAGAUCACAGAAGCCGAGGAGCGUCGUUCAAGGUUCCAUCGAUCGGGUACAGGUACGACUGGAGAUUCGUUCGUCACCGCGUAUUCCCUGCAGCACUUGAUAGACCGCGCCAACACAAACGUCAUCACCAAGUCGACGGAGACGUCCAGGCGACAGAGCGAGAGCGGAUGGGUGGACAAUGUGAUCUACGAGAGCGGAUCGGACAUGCGAGAGCUGACGGCAUCUGAAGAUAAACCUGACAGAGAAGUUCCUACCUACAGGAGAUUCACAGGUCCAGGUGCGUUUGGGUUUGGAGGAAUCAAUGCAGGAUGGAUAGAAGACCUGUCACGAUCAAGAACUCUUUGAAACGUCCCGUUGGCAUCAGUGUAUAGCCCAUUAGUUAUCGGUGGAUGAACAAUAAGCCGAAAACUCCAAUGCAACAACCGAUCUCUGCAGUAGUUACUUGAUAAUCUACGGCAAGUGAUGAGAGCACCAGAGUUGAAAAAGACACCAUGAAGGGAACGAAGGCUAGUUAUUCACAAUUCUAAUUCUCUGAGCACUCUUAAAGGACAUUUUAGGUUGAAAAAAAAAAACCUCAUGUGGAGCGGUCCGGUUGACUCUAUCCGUCAGUUGGUCAGGACUAGAAAGUAAACUAAAACUUAGUUCUGUCGAAGGUUCUUCAUUAUUUUCAUUGAAGAAACUAGAGUAGCUCCUACCAAUAUUUGAAAGUAAUAAUGUCAGAUGGUUCGAGUCCACGUAAAACAAAUCUUUCAAUUUCCUUAAACAUGUCCGCAUGGAAUCAAAAUUAUCCAAAGACUGUUUGGAGUAUAAAAGAAUAUGGUACCUGGUAUCUGGUACACUACCGGCAAAAACACCGAAAUUUCGAGGCAAUGUAAAAUUAUAAUGAACCGAAAUUGGACGGGCGGAAUUAAACCCAUUACUGAAUCCACUUCUUUGUUGUGCUUAAUUAUCUAAGGAGACGUGUAAAGUUCAGUGUACAUAUUUGAGUCUGUAUAUACGUUGUUGAGUAUAAUCUGGGAUAGGCUUUGUAAUAGAGAAGUUGAGAAAUACACCUUAGACACGACUUAGCUUUAUAAAUAUCGACAGAAGCGGCUUAGGCCUGCUUUUUAACUAGUAAAACGAAAUAAUACAAAUCUGUCACUAUUUCGUGACUAACUCAAGUCAUAUUGAAGUUUUACAUGACAAAACAAUGUGCACUUUUUUCUUUCUUCCCAUCUCAAGGUCAGUAACGGGCUUGCAAAGUUUACAGGUUGACCCCGAGAAUGACAUUGUACAUUUUCUGAUUUUCCUCUACACAUAAUAAGUUGUAAUUCUGCACCUUUCAAAUGCAAUAUUGUGAUCUCGUUUUGGGGCGCAACUUUGCACCCUGAGACACGUUUAAAAAUUUAAUGGCGCAGAUAGGUACAUUUUACACCCUUGGGCAUGUAGGGGGUGCAGAUGUGUACCCUUCAUGGAAAUCACCAAUUCUUAUGCAUUGUAAUACAAUGUUCUUAGUGUAUAGUGGGGAAAAAUCGGAAAAGGAAAAACAAUGCUAAUUUUGGGCGAGAUUAAUAUUCUUUUGGUGGGACACAUAUUCACAAAGACAAUAAUUUGUUAUUUGACCGAUCUUUCUUUAAGAGUGUAGGUUGGUCCUAACAAACACUCUAAAUUCCAAGGAUUUUAAAUAAAUCCAGAUAGGCUGUGAAUAGUGACCAGCCGAAUGUUAGAUUAAGAUUUAAACCUUGAUUUGAAUAUUAAUCUUAAAGAUUUGAAUUCAAAUGUUUUGAGAUUUAAAAGUUAAUCCUUAAGGUUUAAAAUAAAUCCUAAAUUCGGUUGGUCACUAUUCACAGCCGAUCUGGAUUUAUUUUAAAUCCUUGUAAUUCAGAGUGAAUCGGGUGAAACUCAAAUCAUCAUGCACAUGUGUAUUUCUCAUUUAGAUGUCAUCUUGCAGGGACUUUUGUAAUUUGAUAAUAUAAGUAAAUAAAAAUUUG